UCAAGGUUUUGCAGUCAGUUAACAUCAAAAGUGGUCCAAGGAAGGAAAAGCGGUGAACCGGAGACAGGAUCAGCAGCCAAGUAGGCUGGCCCAUGUGUUUUUUUGGCAUUACUCACCCUCCAUACAGGAGGUGGAGUCUUUACAGUCAUCCUCUUCUCUGUUCUCACUAUAUGUCCGGCAUCAUUCUGUGGUUGUUUUCCUUCUGAAGCAGCUGGGGGUUUAACAUCGUGAAGAAAUGGACGCUGAGACAAAUGACAGCAAAAAAACAUUUUUCCGGAAGCCUGAUUGCACCCUGUGGACCGCAACAUGUGUGGUGAUAACAUAUGCGGUCUGGUGUGUACUGUUGUUCAUCUUGACAGCAUCAGGACAACUUUCCAACAGCCAGAGAUUUGAAUGUGGGAACAGCAAAGAGGAUCUUGUAGCGUCAGGGCUGAAAAACGAGGCCACACUGGUGUAUCUGUGGUCAGGGCUCAGUCUGCCGGGCUGUUUCUUGCUGCUGCUGGAGAUGUGGAGGAGGAAGGGCCACUAUGGAAAAAUGUUACUAGGUGUGACACUUGUCCUGGUUGUGACCAUGUCUGUAUCUCUUGAUAGAUUUCAGGAAAAAGAGAGGCAGGAGAUGGAAAGUUUUGAGAGGCGCUACUUGGAUCUGCUUCCUCUGACAGAUAUAGCAGAAAACAAACAAAAGCAGCUGACUAAUCCAACCUGCCGUAUACUCAACAAUGUGUAUAACUGGCAGGCUGAGUUUAAGUGUUGCGGACUCCGAGGCUACCAAGACUGGUUGUCCCCGUUACCAGACUCCUGCUUGUGUGACAGAGAGGACAACAGCUCCGGAUGUGUCAGAGUUCAAAGCAGCCUGGUUUAUGAAAAGCCAUGUCUUCCUACAGUCUUAUCCCUUGUAGGAAAACGCAGCUCCACAUUCUGGACCAUCAUGAUAGUUUGGAUCACCAUCAUUUGUGUUCCUCUUUCCAUGUAUGCGCUUGGUAUAGUGCUUGGUUGUUUCCUAUGUGGUUAUAUCGAAAUUUACGAACCAUGUUGUUACAAGCUGAAUUUUUGCAUAUAUAAAAUGCGCGGAGGAGAGGACAUGGCUCCAGUGGUGUUCAUCAGGAGGAACAACAAUAACCAAACAGAGGAGGAAGAGGGGAAAGACAGGGAAGCAAAAGAAAAUGGCAGGGAUGACGGCGUAGCCUUAGACAUAGGAGGGGGUACAAAUGUGGAGAGAGAGGGACAAGAAUCACUGAAGGAGGACUGGGACGACAACCCAGUGAGAAUGAUUCCUCUGUCAGUGCUGACGAAGCUGCAGGAAGAGCUCGACCCGCCUCCCGUCGAACACAAGGUCCGAUGCAUGUGUAUAUCACCUAGUAAACCCAGGAGCUUCUACACCAUCCUGAUAGAGGAAGGUUCACCGCUGCUACCCAGUUACGCUGUGCUGGUUGAUCCCAACAAACCCACCAGAAAUUGUUUAUGGGCAGAGGGACCGCAUGUGUUUGUGGUUGAACACUUGGUUUGGCCAAGUAAGACUGAACUGGAAGUCACUUCGCCAUUAUUGUAGUGGUAUACCAUCAGUUUUUGCACUGUGCUGUAUAUUUUCACAUAACGAAAUGCCAAAUCCAAAGAACUGUGUAUUAGAAAUCAAGACCUGGUAUGAGUCACAAAAUGCAAUGCGUAUGAGUAUCAUAUCAUUCAUGACCAUAAAUGACCCUUCCAAAGUCCCGUCGCUGUUUGCUCUGUGCUCCAAUAACAACUGAGCAAACCUUCCUGUGCUUAUAUUGUCGACCACGAAGCCAUAAAAGUAACGAAUAGCUUGUAGCUUCCUCAGUGUCUGAUACAGUAUUAAGUUAAAGAGUGGGACUCUCUGUCAUGUCACAAUGACAUAAAUACCACUGUGUAAAGCUAAUGGCCUUGUGACGGGAAACCUUGAUGUGUUUAGAGGUUGUUGCCUGGCAACCUGCCCCCCCCUGAUUUCCCUUCAUUACACAUAAUGUAAUUUAUUAAAGGCAGAGCAGGAAGCUCUGGCUGACUGCAGUUAAUAUAAACAGCAGUAGAUCAUUUAGAGCCUGUGUGGGUGAAGGAAAGGCAGAAAGUAUGCACACUGCAGGCUGGUAACAUAAGCUAGUAGAUAUAUAUUACUACUACCAUUACUUUCAUUAUGUUUUAGUGAACGGUCCACAAUCUUUUUUUCACACAAAAAACAAAACAACAAAUCACAGAAAUCCAUUUUCAAUCAAACAUUUCAAGUUUCUUUUAAUAGAUGUGACAAAACCUUUUACAUCUUUGUGGAAAAAUGUGCUUCAAUAAAGUUUGAAGUAUAACAUAUUCAAAGUAAAUUGUAAAAUACACACGUAAACAAUAAUUUAAAUAAAUAAAAAUUCUGGACAGGAUCAACUCAUACAGUGUAAAAAAAAAUAAAAUAACCAUUAACUUUAUAAAUUAAAAGAGUUCACCACUCACAAACAUUGUAAACAAGUGCAAGAACAGAAGAGAGACCUGAAUUAAGACAAAAAAGCAAAUGUACGCUGUGGUUACAGUAAUAGAGGCCUUGCGUGUAUUUUUUUUUGCAUGUGCUUUGAAUCACUCGAUUUCAGUUCAAGUAAAAAAUAAUUAAACAGCAGUAAAAACGUGUUUUUCUGGAGGAGCACAGCAUUUUCUGAGACUCCCACCAGGUCAUGAUCAGAGAUCAAUUUGUGUCCCUCGAGCCCUGAGCUUCCCGGUUGUAGUGUCAUGGCUCUAUGUCAUACACUCUGGUGGAGGGAUGCAAACACACACACACACACGCACACACACACACGCACGCCUACACACACACACAGCCUGGUCUGUGUGUAUGAAGAAUGUAAAAGUAUUUGAAGUAUAUACAGAGGCAAACAUAGAUCUGAGUGAGCCUGGACAGACCUUCUUCUGUUAUCUGUAUGAAUGCCCUUGUUUUUUCUCCUCUGGAUGUUCCUUUGUUGGUCUGCAGCUGCUGUGACCUCUUGAUCACUCCGUGGAUGAUGGACAGUUUCAGGUCUCUGUAUCAGAAAAAGUUCAUUUUAGAUGUUAAAUAAUGAAUAUAGCUUACAAACCACUGUAACACUUUAAAAAUAGGAAUUAACAUUGGCUGGCUCAAUCAGUUGUCAACUAUUAACUUCACCGCCAACAAUUUUUAUAGUAGAUAGAUUCAUGGUUUUGAAUCAUUUUUAAAGAACAAAAAUAUCCAAAUAAUCUGAUUUCAGCUUCUCCAUUGUUAAUAUUUUCUGGUUUAUUUAGUCCAAUAUGACAGUAAACUGAAUAUUUUCUGACAUUUUAUGGACCAAACAAACAUUGUCGAUAAAUCAAUAAUGGCAAUAAUCAUUGGUUGCAACCCUAGAUAUUGACUCUUUGGAUUUUUUUAUCUUUACAUGAAUUACAGUCAAGACAUUUACAGUAAGUCAUGGGAUAGUUUUGGCAUUUUAAGAAAUAUGCUUAUUUGCUUUAGACGAUAAGAUGGAUACCUCUUUAAAGCUUGCAUGCUAACAAUGUAGCUAGAGCCAGCAGCAAGUUAGCUUAGCUUAGCAUAAAAAACUUGAAACAGAGGAGAAACAGCUAGCCUGGCUCCGUCUGAAGGUAACACAAUCCACCUAUCAGCAAGUUUAGGUAGAGUCCUAGCUUGCUGGUCACUACAAGCAUUAUCCAGCUGAUAAAGCCACUGCAUAAAGCUAACAUGAUGGACAACAUGACUCCUUACCUACGCCAUCGGCUGUAUCGUCGGCCAGAGGGUCUGAGUUUAUUACAUACUUGCUGCCAAAUAUCUGCACCAGCUGGUCAAAGAACUUGCAUUCCUGUUUCUCUCCUCUGGAAACAGGACAUUUCAGAGCAUGUUAUAAGCGAAAAGAAAAUUUUGCCACAAUAAAUGUGUACAACAACAAA